AUGUUCAAGAGCGGUCUCGCCCGGACCUUCGGGAGGGCUGCCUACGCUCGGCCAGCCUCCGUCGCCCGCCGCGCUUUCGAGCCUCUCAGAUCCAAUGCUCUCCCUGCUCUGUCUGCUCGUUAUGCCAGCACCGAUGCUGGCUCGGUCGGAAAGAUUCACCAGGUCAUUGGUGCCGUCGUUGACGUGAAAUUCGACUCUGACAAGCUCCCUGCCAUUCUCAACGCCCUCACAACCGACAACAACGGCCAGAAGCUGGUCCUUGAGGUCGCGCAACAUCUGGGUGAGAAUGUCGUCCGAACUAUUGCUAUGGAUGGUACCGAGGGUCUCGUCCGUGGCGCUGAGUGCAACGACACUGGCGCUCCCAUCCAGAUCCCCGUCGGUCCUGGCACCCUGGGUCGUAUCAUCAACGUCACUGGUGACCCCAUUGACGAGCGUGGCCCCAUCAAGGCCACCAAGUACGCCCCCAUCCACGCCGAUCCCCCAGAGUACGUUGACCAGUCUACCGAGGCUGAGAUUCUGGUUACCGGUAUCAAGGUUGUCGACCUGCUCGCCCCCUACGCUCGUGGUGGUAAGAUCGGUCUGUUCGGUGGUGCCGGUGUCGGAAAGACUGUGUUCAUCCAGGAGCUGAUCAACAACAUUGCCAAGGCUCACGGUGGUUACUCCGUGUUCACUGGUGUCGGUGAGCGUACUCGUGAGGGUAACGAUCUGUACCACGAAAUGCAGGAGACCCGUGUCAUUCAGCUCGAUGGUGAAUCCAAGGUCGCUCUGGUCUUCGGCCAGAUGAACGAGCCUCCCGGUGCCCGUGCCCGUGUUGCCCUGACUGGUCUGACCAUCGCCGAGUACUUCCGUGACGAGGAGGGUCAGGAUGUGCUGCUCUUCAUUGACAACAUCUUCCGUUUCACCCAGGCCGGUUCUGAGGUGUCUGCCCUUCUGGGUCGUAUUCCCUCUGCCGUCGGUUACCAGCCCACUCUGGCCGUCGACAUGGGUGUCAUGCAGGAGCGUAUCACCACCACCAAGAAGGGUUCUAUCACCUCCGUCCAGGCCGUCUACGUGCCCGCUGAUGACUUGACUGACCCUGCCCCCGCCACCACCUUCGCUCACUUGGACGCCACCACUGUGUUGUCCCGUGGUAUCUCUGAGUUGGGUAUCUACCCUGCUGUCGACCCUCUGGACUCCAAGUCCCGUAUGCUCGACCCCCGUAUCGUCGGUGAGGAGCACUACAAGACUGCAUCCCGCGUCCAGCAGAUGCUCCAGGAGUACAAGUCCCUCCAGGAUAUCAUUGCCAUUCUGGGUAUGGACGAACUGUCCGAGGCCGACAAGCUCACCGUCGAGCGUGCCCGUAAGCUCCAGCGUUUCCUGUCCCAGCCCUUCACCGUUGCCCAGGUCUUCACUGGUAUCGAGGGUAAGCUGGUCGACCUGAAGGACACCAUCAGCAGCUUCCAGAAGAUCAUCAACGGAGAGGGUGAUGACCUUCCUGAGGCCGCCUUCUACAUGGUUGGUGACUUCGAGUCUGCCCGUGCCAAGGGUGAGAAGAUCCUGGCUGAGCUCGAGAGCAAGUAG